AUGUUUCGUAGAAUGGCUAAGACACCAAGCAAAAGUGCGAAGGGAGCGAAAUCGAAGGGAGACUUUUCUCACCGCAAGCGCAGAAGACUGGAGACGUACUCCUCUUACAUCUACCGUGUGCUGAAGCAGGUUCAUCCCGAUGUGGGUAUCAGCAAGCGUGCUAUGGCUAUUAUGAACUCCUUUGUGAACGAUAUCUUUGAGCGUCUUUCGGACGAAGCCAUCAAUCUUGCUCGUUACAACAACAAAGCUACUCUGACUGGAGCUGAGAUUCAAACCGCUGUUCGUCUCCUGCUUCCGGGAGAAUUGGCUAAGCAUGCCAUGUCUGAAGGAAGUAAGUCCAUUUCCAAGUAUUCGACCAUUGGAGGUGUGGAAUAAAUGUACCAUGUUUUGUUGC